GAAUCACUUUGCCAACAGAGAAUAUGGUGGGCGAGGUUAAUGUGAGGGAAAAAAUUUGGGAAUACUUAAUGGGUCACGAGGUUGGAAUUAUUGGAGUUUGUGGAAUUGGUGGAGUUGGCAAAACCAGUGUUAUGAAACACAUCCAUAAUGAAUUACUGAAUGAGGUUGGCAGGUUUGAGAAGGUUGUCUGGGUGACAGUAUCACAUCCUCUCAAUGUUUUCAGAUUGCAAGAUCACAUUGCUAGGGCAAUGAAGAAAAGUCUUUCAGAUUGUUGGGAUGAAUUGAGCCGGGCAUCAAGACUGAUGGAGGCUAUGAAAAAAGUUAAAUAUGCACUAAUCUUAGAUGAUGUCUGGGAUAAAUUUACUCUUCACAGCAUUGGAAUCCCAGAACCAACAAUGGAAAAUGGGUGUAAAAUUGUUAUUACUAGCAGAUCGAUUGAUGUAUGCAACUACUUGAAAUGUCAGGUAGUUAAAGUUCCACCUCUACCAGAGAAAGAUUCUUUGAACUUGUUUUUAGAUAAGGUUGGGCAAGAUGUUCUACGAAUUCCCAAAUUGGAAGAGAUUUUGAAGCUUAUGGUGGCUGAAUGCGCUGGUUUGCCAUUGGCCAUUGUUGUCAUUGCAGGGAGCAUGAGAGGAGUACAAGAUAUUUCUGAGUGGAGAAAUGCAUUACGUGAAUUGCGUCAAUGUGUGGUGGACACGGAGAAAGAUUCAGAAGAUGAGAUAUUUAAUCAUUUGAAGUUCAAUUAUGGCCGUCUACCAAAAAAUUCAAGCAUCCAAGAGUGUUUCUUAUAUUGCUCAUUGUAUCCGGAAGAUUGGAAUAUUAGAAGAAAAGAUCUAAUUGAAAACUGGAUUUGUGAGGGAACUGUUCAAAAAUUAGGAAACAGAAGAGAAAUGCAUGAUAAAGGAAAUGCUAUUUUAAAUAGGCUUUUAAACUGUUGUUUGUUAGAGGAAGCCUAUGGUAAGGCGUGUGUUAAGAUGCAUGAUGUUGUGAGGGACAUGGCAUUGCGCAUCAAGAGCACGGGUCCUGGUAGGUUUAUGGUAAAAGCAAGAAUGAGAUUGAGAAAGAUACCGGAUGAGGAUGAAUGGAAUGAAGAUCUAGACAAGGGCAAUGAAGGAUUGAGACAAAUUUCAGAGUGUUUUUUUGCUAACAUGCCCCUACUGAAGUUUCUUGAUCUGUCUAAUACUGGCAUUGAGGUUCUACCUAAUUCCAUAUGUAACUUGGAAUAUCUCACUGCACUGAUCCUCUGUAGAUGUAAGAGUUUAAAACGCAUGCCUUCCUUGUCAAAGCUUAAAGCACUGAAGAAGUUGGAUUUGGAUGGAGCAGGCCUUCGUGAGGCUCCUGAAGGCAUUGAAAUGUUAGAAAAUCUGGAAUAUCUUGAUUUAUCUUGUCCAAACCUGAGGGUGCUACCAGAAGGAAAAAUCAGUAAGCUCUUCCGCCUCCAAUACCAACGUAAACAUCCGAUUUUUUCAACUGAAAUAAGAGGAGAAGAAGUAGCAAGAUUGGAGAUGCUAGAAUGGUUUGAAGGUACAUUUUAUUGGGUGAAAGACUUCAGCAGUUUUGUUAGCAAGUUGAACCCUUUUGGAAGACCCAGUCAUUACUUUAUCGAAGUGGGAGAGACAGGCAGAUAUGAGGAAGGGCAUUUUUAUAAGUUCAACAAUAAUGAUCUUCCUAAACAAAAAGAUCCUACUCAAUUGCGAACUUGUGCUUUGAAAUACUGCGAAGGGAUAGUGUGUGUGGUCUCUUUGUCAUCAUCUUCAUCUACUUCCUUGACAGUUAUGAAUAACCUUGAAGUACUAACUCUUAAGGUUUUGCCUGACUUGCGGAAUGUUGUGAAAGUGGAAAAAACAAGAGCAUUGCUUGCACCGACAAUAUCCCUUCACAUCUUUUCUAAUCUUAAACAGCUAAGGGUAUACAAUUGUUCAAAAUUGAAGAAGCUUUUUCCAUGUGAGCUGCUGCAGGGUCAGGGCCUCCGAAACUUGGAGUUGUUUGAGUUGAAUUAUUGUUGGGGGAUGGAGGAAAUAAUAGGAUGGGAAGAAGAAGAGGAAGGAAAUCAAACAACUACUCCAAUAUUGAUCACUCUUCCAAAAUUAAGGAUAUUGGAGUUGGAAUUCCUACCAGAAUUGAAGAGAAUUUGCCCCGAAAAAGGAGUAAUAGUUUGUGAAUCUCUCAAUAGCAUCAAUAUAUCUUUCUGUCCGAAGGUAAAGAGGAUUCCCCUUUGUCUUGGAAGGGAAAACGCACGACCAUCUCUUCCUACUAUCAAAUCUAUCUAUAUUUCCAAUCCAAAAGAAUGGUGGGAAUCGUUGGAGUGGGAGAAUCCUGACGAUAAGAUUGUCCUCCUACCUUUCCUCAAAUAUGGUGAGAUCUGGAACAACAACACUAUGGAAACUUCGGUAGAGAUUAAAUAUCCGUAUCUUUAGCAUUUCCUUUUUGCCUCUACGAGUUUCAAUUAUGAAUUGACUAGUUUCUAACACGCAGCUCAGCUCAGGGAGCAAGCACCUGAAUGGAUUUCCUGAGUCAUCCAUUGAUUAUCAAUCUGGUCAAUCUGUGUCCACUUUCUAAUGCCCAGCCUAGGUUGCAUCUCUUACCAUCUCAAACCUAUUUCUUCAACUCAGCAACAUAUACAGCUAAGAAAAACAAAAAAAAUUGGGACUCACACGCACUUCAAUCCAAUGCAAUCUCUGUUGUAAUUUGUUGUUAUGUGCUAUGGAUGAACUUUGUUUAAUUAAUGCUUAUUUAAGUAAUAUUUGUUUUAUUUUGUGUUGUUAUAAGCAGUAAAACAGAUUUGAGAAA